AUGGCUAUUAAAGGGACUAAGCCCAAGAUAAUUUUGGCUGUCCUGUCUGCAACGUUUCAUCUUUGUAAUCACAAUGUGCUAGUCACCCAAGCCAUCCUCAGCGGCUGGAGGACUUUCUGGCAGUCGGUGGGCAAGGAGAGGGCGCAGAUGGCCUCCCCGGAGGAGGCGGGUGAGGAGACCAGCAUCCUGAGGCGACUGCCGAUUGAUGUACAACUAUAUAUUUUGUCAUUUCUUUCACCACAUGAUCUAUGUCAGUUGGGAAGUACAAAUCAUUAUUGGAAUGAAAUUGUACGGGAUCCAAUUCUGUGGAGAUAUUUUCUUUUGAGGGAUCUUCCUUGUUGGUCUUCUGUUGACUGGAAGUCUCUUCCAGAUCUAGAAAUCUUAAAAAAACCUGUAUCUGAAGUCACUGACAGUGCAUUAUUUGAUUAUAUGACGGUUUAUAAAAUGUGCUGUCCAUGUGCAAGAAGAGCUUUGAAAUCCAGCCGUCCUAUGUAUGGAGCUGUCACCUCCUUUUUACACUCAUUGAUCAUUCCGAAUGAACCACGAUUUGCUAUGUUUGGACCAGGUUUAGAAGAACUGAAUACAUCUUUGGUGUUGAGCUUGAUGUCUUCUGAAGAACUUAGUCCAACUGCUGGUUUGCCGCACAGACAGAUUGAUGGUAUUGGAUCAGGAGUCAGUUUUCAGUUGAGCAACCAACAUAAAUUUAACAUCCUGAUAUUGUAUUCAACUACCAGAAAGGAAAGGGAUAGGGCAAGGGAAGAACAUACAAGUGCAGUUAACAAGAUGUUCAACCUUCAACUUGGAGAUGACCAACGAAGAAGUCGAUACAGUGUAAUUCCACAAAUUCAGAAGGUCUGUGAAGCUGUAGAUGGGUUCAUCUAUGUUGCAAAUGCUGAGGCUCAUAAAAGACAUGAAUGGCAAGAUGAAUUUUCUCAUAUUAUGGCAAUGACAGAUCCAGCUUUUGGAUCUUCAGGAAGACCAAUGCUGGUUUUAUCUUGUAUUUCUGAAGCACAUGUGAAAAGAAUGCCCUGUUUUUAUUUGGCGCAUGAACUGCAUCUCAGCCAUCUAAACCACCCGUGGAUGGUCCAGGAUAUGGAGGCUGAUACUCUCACUGGCUUUUUGAGUGGCAUUGAGUGGCUUCUUGAAGAAGUAGAAUCUAAGCAGCCAAGAUGAUCCUCAUUUUGGACCUCCAGAACUGUGGAGAAAUUUUGAGACUCGGAGAAGUGAAGAAUUCUAUUACAAAGCCAUGUUGUGUUGUCACCCUUCAGUUUUCUGGUUCUUGGUGAUAUAGAAGAAUUCACCAGGACCACCUCACAGAUCCCUGUCAUGUGACGAAGUGGUUUCAAAGUGAAAAGAGUUUGUUGCAAAGGAGGAUAUGGUUCACAGCAAGCCGGGACAACCCCAGAGUGUGGGCAACAUGAAUUUCUUGGUUUUAGUUUCUUUUAUUUUGGUAUACUUUUUGACUUUGUUUACUCCCCACUCUAUUCUUACAUACUCACAAUUUAUCCCUGCACUGCUUUCAAUUUUGAAGUGUGCAUGCGUUUCCUCCUUUUCCCUAGAGCAUUAAGCAAGUAAUAAUGAGGACAGAUCACCCCAGGGAUGCUCAGGGCAAUCAGGGUGCAUGCCCACUGAGUGGAAAAUCCCUAGUCCUGCUUUAUGUUUUGUUUGUGGUCAUCUCUCCACCUAGGAUCUUUUUGCAAUUGGUUGAGGCCAUUUCACAUCUUGGUCCAGCACCCCACUUCCUGUCAUCAGAGGACGCAGCUUGUAGCAGCUCAGUCAACCUCAGCUACCUCCCCAAAAGAGCAACUUAUGAUGACCCACCACCCUCACUGCUCAUAUCUGACGAGCUAGUGGAGAAAAACAUGAGAUAUAGAAACUUAAAAAGAAUGAAAUGCUAUUAAUGGUUAAUUAAGAAAUUGAUUUGAACUCUACUGUAGUUCACUACAUUCUAAUCAGUGCUGUAUUUUUAUUGUCUAGAGAUGAAGCAAAGCAGUUAAACAUGCAAAUUCUGGUAUUGAAGGUAACCUAGCACAGAUUCCAGUUAUACAACUCUUGUCUCUAUGACAUUGAGGAUACUCCUUAAAUUCUGGAUAUUAGGCUUUUCACAUACAGAAUGAGAAUCAUUAUAUUUGCCUUGGAUUUAAAUUUGGCUAUAUUAAGAACUGAAUGUUAGUAUCUGGGAAAAUAACUUCUCUGUGGGAAGGCCUCACUUUUGAUACUAACAUUCUAAGUUGGGCUUUUCAGUGUCACUCUCUGAAAUGAUAAUCCUGCCACAUGACAGCUAUUUUAUAGGUAUAACUAACUAGUCAUAUAUUCAAAGUUCAGUGUUAAUCAAAACUUUUAUUAUCUUGAUUAAAUACUUGUAAAGUGUCCCCUUAUAGAUGGUGUGUUCUAAAACUGCAGUUAAAAUAGCAUAUUCUAAAGAAAUGUGUUUUAUUUAUACAAAGAAAGAGUAUAAUUGUUCGUAUUAUUGUCAAAAUAGUUUCCCUAAACAGUGAGAUUUGUCUGAUUCCUCCACUAAGGAAUUUUCUGUGGGACACCAUUUCCUUAAAGAUAAGGUCUAAACAUUUUAGCCUGCUAUCAUUGUAGGAAAGGUAAACUUUUUCAGUCUUUUUGCCGUAUUUAGUGACAUAAAAACACUGAUGAAUUGUGAAAUUGUAAUUGUUAUCAUGAUGAUAAGCUGUACUCAAACUUCAUUCAUGAAACAUUCCUAAAUAAAUCAGGCAAAAGUAUGAGACUAGAAAAAUAUUAGAAGCUUUUUUUAUUUACAAAAUAUUGCAGGGCUUGGGGAUGUAGCUCAGAGCACUUGUUUGGCAUGCACAAGUCCCUGAGUUUAAUCUCCAGUAUGGGCCCCCAAAAGUGUUUAGUAGUAAUACAAAAAAAGGAAAAAAAUGAAGUUUAAUAGUGCAUGCCUACUGUGUGUCAGGCUUUCAUUACAGGUGAUUCAGAAACAAAUAGCUUACAGCCUUUAACACAAUUGUUUUUCAGCAGUUUUCUCUCUCAGCUAAAGUUAUGGUUGAAUUUUUUAGUAUUUUGCAAAAUUAUAUAAAUUUGUAAUUUAAACAUUAGUAUGCAACAAGCAGAUAUUUCUCCUGUUAGGAAACAAAAGAAGAAAUAUUUAACUCCAAGAUCUCUUCAAAAUACUUUAAAGUGAUAACAGAAGGGAUGUGUAUGGGAAAACCUAACCUUCAUAGAAAGGAUUUGGUGACUUGUUUCAAUGGGCUUAGAAGUAUUGUUAGAACUUCAAAAUUUUAUUUCUACAAACAUGUCUUCAGUGAAGCAGUCAUUGUUGUGCACAAAGCUACAACUAAGCAGGCAACACAGAAUACCAUAGUUCAUGGUAGCAAAAUUUUCUAAAAAGAAGUGUUAUAGACUGUAUUAAUCAGCUUUAAUUUAUAUAAUAAAAUAUCUGAGGUAAUUAACAUAAUAAAAAGGAUUUAUUUUGGUUCAUGCUGAAGGAGAUUACAGUGUAAGAGAAGCAUAUUUUGGUGGGAGCACAUGCUAGAACAAACUAGUUGUACAGUGACACCUCUGUUCAUAAACUUAAAUAUUUCCAUGUUUCUGGUCGAAAAUCCAGUUGGAUGAGAACACAAACAGAUUAACUAUUGAAUUUCAUUUGGUUCUCAUUCAGUUUGGUUUGCAACUAGAAUUGUGGAAAGAAGUUAGUGAAUCAAGGAACCACUGAGACACAAUAUCCAAUAUCCAUAGUUUAAAGGAGGUUUAAUUUGUCUCACAGGUUCAGAGGAUUCAUUCCAUGUCAUCUGGCUCCAAGGCAGAACUAUCAUGGCAGAAGGGUGUGGCUGAGCUACACUGCUUAGUUUUGGCAGCUGAGAAACAGAACAGAGAACAGUGUCAGAGAAGAAAUGAGCCAGGCAUCAUACAUAAUACCAGGGUCAUGUUCCAUGACCCACCCAGAUACACCUAAAACUGUCUUUACUAAUCUGCUAGAUGUUUCUUUUUCUUUU